AUGUUUAUCCUAUUUGCGUCUUUUUUCUUUCUUUCCUUUUUCUUACUUUCUUUCUUUCUUUCUUUCUUUUUUCUUUCUUUCUUUCUUUCUUUCUUUCUUUCUUUCACUUUAAAUAUUUAUCCUAUUUGCGUCUUUUUUCUUUCUUUUUCUUUUUUCUUUCUUUCUUUCUUUGUUUGUUUCUUUCACUUUAAAUGUUUAUCCUAUUUGCGUCUUUUUUCUUUCUUUCUUUCUUUCUUUCUUUCUUUCUUUCUUUCUUUCUUUCUUUCUUUCACUUUAAAUGUUUAUCCUACUUGCGUCUUUUUUCUUUCUUUCUUUCUUUCUUUCUUUCACUUUAAAUAUUUAUCAUAUUUGCGUCUUCUUUCUUUCAAUUUUUUCAUUUCUUUUCCCAACUUUUCUUUUUUUCCUGAUUUUUUUUCACUCUCGUUUCCUAGUCAUAUUCUUUCUUUCUUUCUUUCUUUCUUUCUUUCUUUCUUUCUUUCUUUCUUUCAGUCAUUCUGCCUUUUGUUUCUUUCUUUCUUUAUUCUUUCUUUCUUUAUUUCAGUUCAUUCUUUCUUUCUUUCUUUCUUUCUUUCUUUCUUUCUUUCUUUCUUUCUUCUUCUUUCUUUCUUUCUUUCUUUCUUUCUUUCUUUCUUUCUUUCUUUUAAUCCCCCCUUCCUAUUCAUAUUACUUUUUUCGGUCUUUUUCAUUUUCUUCUUUUGUGUUCAUUUUCUUUCUUUCUUUCUUUCUUUCUUUCUUUCUUUCUUUCUUUCUUUCUUUCUUUUUUCCUUUCUUUCUUUCUUCUAUCUAAUUUCUUCCCUCCUUUCUAUUCAAAUUUAUUUUUUGGCCUUCCUCAUUUCCUUCUUUCGUGUACAUUUUCUUUCUUUCUUUCUUUCUUUCUUUCUUUCUUUCUUUCUUUCUUUCUUUCUUUCUUUCUUUUAA